CAACAUCUCGAAUCCGCUGCUGCAGAAUAGCCGUGUAUAUCUCUGUCUGUAUUCGUACCUGCAGUGUUAAUAAAAGCUUUAAACUAAUUUCCCUUUGCGAGUAAAGAGUGUUAAAUGUGAAAAGAGAAAGAGAGAGGGAUGGCGGAGGAGGAAGAGCGCGGUCCGGGCUCUGUCUAUCAGAUGUUCGUGUUGAUGGAGGAUCUGCUGGAUAAACUGAAGGUUCUCGAUUAUGAGCAGCACGUUCUGGACAAACACAACAUCAAACCUCUGUCCAGACAUUAUUUUGUCUCCAGCCCUCAUGUGUUGUCAAAUCCUGGUGAGCAGUUCUAUAUGUUCAGUGUAAUUGCUGCCUGGUUGAUUACAUUAUGCGGGCGACCGUUCGACACACCACAGGAGUAUGACGACCCCAACGCCACAGUCUCCAACAUCCUGUCUGAACUUCGAACCCUGGGAGGCCAGGUUGAUUUCCCCCCAUCUAAGCUGAAGACUGGGUCUGGAGAGCAUGUCUGUUAUGUUCUAGACCAGCUGGUAGAAAAGGCACUAAAGAGUAAAGGUUUUGCCUGGAACAGGCCGCUGUACCCAUCAGUGGAGGUGGAGGAUGAGUGUGUGCAGGAAGAUGAUGCAGAACUCACACUCAGUAAAGUGGAAGAGGAGAUGACACAGGAGGAUGAGGAAUAUGAGGAAGAAGAUGGACUGGAUUUAGAUGCACUGAAGACCAGAACCAAUGGCGAGCUCAGUGGUUCGAGGCCUGCAGUGGUUUUAGAGUCAGAUGUUGAUGCUGCCGAAUGGAAUCUGGAGGUGGAGCGAGUUCUUCCACAGCUUAAAGUCACCAUCCGCACUGACAAUAAGGAUUGGAGGAUUCACCUCGAUCAAAUGCAUCAGCAUCAAGAUGGCAUCAACACAUCCCUGCAAGAUGCCAAGGGUUGUCUGUUUAAGCUGAGGGAGGACAUCAGCAAAACUCUGGAGAAAGUGAGCAGUCGUGAGAAAUAUCUCAACACUCAGCUCGAGCAUCUUAUUUCAGAAUACCGGCAAGCACAAUCACAGCUCAACAAGGUGAAGGAGCUUUAUCAGCAGGCCAGUGGAGGUGUCACAGAGAGAACCAGGAUUUUGGCUGAGAUUAGUGAGGAGUUAGACAAAGUCAAGCAGGAAAUGGAAGAGAAAGGCAGCAGCAUGUCAGAUGGAGCGCCAGUAGUGAAAAUCCGUCAGAGUUUGACCAAGCUGAAGCAGGAGAUUGAGCAGAUGGAUGUUCGGAUGGGGGUGGUGGAGCACACGCUACUUCAAGCUAAACUCCGAGAGAAAAACAACAUGACCCGAGACAUGCACGCUACACAUCUCUUAGAGCCCAAUGCGCAGGCUUAUUGAAACACACACUCACCGCCGAUGAUGUGUGAGUGGGCUAGAUUUUCUAUAAAGGUUUUUAAUGUGUGUUUUUAAGUGUAAAUAACAAAA